GCGCGGUGGUGCGUUACUUCCUGCGUGCGCGUUCCAGUCGCGGCGUCCCAGUGCCAGCGGGAUGGGCCGUGGGCGUCCCGGAGCCCCGCGCGCCGCCGCCGUCCAGGGCACCGGCGGCAGCAGCGCCGUCAGCAAAUGCUCGGCGGCGGCGCGGGGCUACAUCCAGGAUCGGUUCCUGCGGCUCCUGGUGGGGCGGCGGCGGCGGCGAGCCCCACUUGUCCACCGGGGUUAUUAUGUCCGUGCCCGUGCUGUAGAUCACUGUGUUCAAGACUUCCUGCUGAAGAUCCAAAGCCACCCUAGGACACAGAUCCUGUCUUUAGGUGCUGGCUUUGACUCGUUAUACUUCCGUUUGAAGGACAUGGGUCUUCUGCAUCACACUGUGGUAUAUGAGGUGGAUUUCCCAAAUGUGGCAUGCCAAAAAGCUGCUCUGAUCAAAAGAAUGAAAGAGUUAUCAGCAUUGGUGGGAAGCAGUGAAGGGGAGGGAUUAGGAGUCAUUGCCUUUUCUGGAAAGGAUUAUAAAUUACUGGGAAUGGAUUUAUCAGAGCUGUCUCAGCUGGAGAGAGCCCUGAACGAAGCAGGAUUGGACAGUGAAAUCCCCACCCUCUUCAUAGCAGAGGUGGUGCUCACCUACAUGGAAAAUAGCAGGUCUGAUGCCCUGAUUCAGUGGGCAGCAGAGCAUUUCUCUCGGGCAUGCUUUCUGCUGUAUGAGCAGAUGCACCCAGAGGACCCCUUUGGACAUGUCAUGCAGCAGCAUUUUAACCAGCUGAACUCUACACUUCAUUCUGUGGCACAGUACCCUGAUUGUGAGGCACAGCAGAAGCGCUUCUUGGCAAAGGGCUGGACUGAGUGCAGUGUCAUGGAUAUGAAUGAGUUUUUCACCCGUUGUACUCCAGAAGAUGAGCAGCAAAGAGUGCAGGCUCUGGAGCCUUUUGAUGAAUAUGAGGAAUGGCAUCUGAAAUGUUCUCAUUACUUUGUCUUGACUGCAUCAAAGGGGAUGGAACCUUCCUGGACUCCAUUGUUACCCAGUAUGACAGUUCCUCUUGGUGCUGUUGGGAUGGCUGGGAGUGUCCCUGCAGUGUGUGUAAUGCGCUCUGACGCUUCUGGCCUGAGACGUUACGGUCACCGCUCUGUUCUUCUAAAACCUGAUGUGAUCCUCACCACUGGAGGCUUUGGGGAGGAGGAUGGACAGCACUGCCGGAUGAGGAAUUUUCAUGUGCUAAUAAAACAUGCAGGCUGCUGGAAAGCUGGCUGUGUGAAGAAGGAAAAUCCUGAUAAAAGAUGGGAUGAGCGGUUGUACCAUACUGUGUCAUGCGUCUCCAACAGUCUGGCCCUCGUAGUAGGAGGACGAACAUCCCCAUCGAGUGCAGGCUUGGGAAUGUUGUGUCUGAAGUUCCAUGAAACCUGUAAUGCCUUGGACCCAGGUGACAUUACAAUGGAACUUGUGAGUCUGCAGCCUGCUGCUGAGCCAGCUGCUUUGCGUUGGAGACACAGCUCAACUGAAGUGAUGUUCAAAGGCAAGAAGUACCUGUUUGUGUAUGGUGGCCGCUCUGCUCUGGAGCCUGUACUGGGGGACUGGUAUUUCUUGCACAUUCAAGAGCUUUCCCGCAUUGGGAUUCCUGUGGAGGGUCCAGUACCAGAAAGCCGACACUCUCACGCCGCCUGUAGCUGGAAAGGAGGAGUGGUAAUUGCAGGAGGUCUGGGAGCAACCGAGCAGCCUUUAGGUUCAGUUUUCUUUCUGAGGGAGCUUGAACAUGGCUUUCAAUGGCAGACAGUAGAGACACACCCUCCUCUCAUACCAAGGUAUUCGCAUACUGCACAUGUGCAUGAUGGAAAACUUCUGCUUGUUGGUGGAGUGUGGUUUCACUCAUCCUCUGUGCCAGGCAUCACUGUCAUUGACUUAAUGAGUGGUCUCUGCUUGGACUAUAUGAUUAAUGUGGAGCAUCUGGAGUGGCCAUUAAUGCUACAUAAUCAUAGUAGUGUCUUUCUGCCAAAUGAGCAGGAGUUGUUGAUUAUUGGUGGUGGGGGGAACUGCUUCUCCUUCGGGACACACCUGAACCCAGAGCCUGUCUCAUUGAGCCUCAGCAACAUUCUGACAGCCGCUGACUGGGACCAGACAGGACUGAACCAUGCUGCUGCACUGUGAACAAAACAAUACCAUUCAUCACUUCUGCUUCAAAGGAAAGGAUGUUCACUGGAGAACCUGCUGCUUUACUUCAGGAUAAAAGAGAAGCACUUGCAGUUGAUGUAACUGCCAGUGGCCAGGGGCUAUCUACAGGUUCCUUUGUUACUGCUAUUAGGUGGAUAACGUCCUGUGAGCAACGGCUGUGUGCAGCACAACAUAGGCUUGAAGGCCAAACUUUAUUUGCUACAUCGCACAGCACCAGACCUGUAUCUUCUCAGGUUAACUGCUAAAUGGAUUGCUAACUCGUCCAAUAUUCUGGCUAGGAUCACUACAGUCCUUUAUUAACCCCAGCUCUGGCCACACCCCCCCAGUGUGGUCCUGCCUCAUACCUGCUUCGACCUGCCGGCACCUGAGACCACGCCCCUUCACAAGCUACACCCCUGCUCACCGUCCCCAGCUCUGUCUAAGCCACUCUCCUGAGUCCAUGACCCCUGUCUUUCUUUAAUCCCGCCCCCAGGGCAAGCCCCACCCCCUGCAUCUCCUCCUGCCCCAGCUCCAGCGAGGCUCCACACACACCUCACCUGGACCCGUUCCCCUCAUGUGGCCACAUCCCCCGGUGGCUCCGCCCCCAACGCAGACCACACCUCACUCGAGGCGACCCCGCCCUGGCCAUGCCCCCUGGGAUGCCACCUGCCCCUGCUUUGCCCACCCAGCCCCGUCCUGGCCACACCCACAUUCCUUGCCAAGGAGACGCCUCCAAGCAUGGCCCUGCUCUCUUGGGGCUACGCCCCCACCCUGGACACACCCCCGGUCCCUUACUAACCACGCCCAGAGCCCUGACCCAAGCCACGCUCCUGUCACAGCCCGCACCCCAGGACAACCUCAAGCCUGCCCCUAGCUGAGACCACACCCCCGGUUAGUAACCCUGCCCUAACCCCACCCACACCCCUGGCCACGCCCCCAGCACUGUCUCCCCCACCCCAGCCCCAUGACCACAGUAAGUCCCACCCCUUGUCUACCCCAUAGCUCCACCCCUCACUAGCCCUGCCCCCAGACCUGACCACGCCCCACCUGUGCAAUGGCCCCACCCACAGCCCCGAUCACACCCUCACUGGAGUCCACGCCCCUUGUCCCACCCCAACAGAGGCCUCGUCCCCUGGUACCACCCACACCUCAGCCUGGAUCACACCCACCCUCCUACAUUAGCCCUCCUCCCCCUCCCCCCCCCCAGCACAGACCACACCCCUCAGGCCUUUAUUAUCCCUGCCUUGGCCUCACACCUAGACCAGACUCAUCAUAAUGUGAUUAAAAAGGGAAUAAAAAGUGAAUAAACCUAAAUACAACUUGAAUAAAAGUGAACAAAAAGUGACUAAAAAACCAAAUAAAAAGUGAAUUAAAUUGAAGAAAUUCAACAAAAAGUGAGUAAAAGCCAUUUUAAAUUACGAAAAAGUGAAUAAAAACAAACGAAAGUGAAUAAAAAAUUCAUGGGUGUUGGAGCACUUAUGAGCCACAGGAGGUAGUGGGGUCCCUAUGGGACACUUCGGGAUCCCUAUAGGGUGCCAUGUAUACAGAUUCUGCUGCUGCUGCUGUUAUUGCAAUGCCAGUAGUCAGUAAAAGCUGUGGGGCGUGAGUUCUGGGUCUAUAGGACACUAUGGGGCAGUGGAGGGUGGCUGUGGGGUGCUAUGGGUUGCCAUGGGACAGUGUGUGGGGCACUCUGGGGUCUCUAUGGGUUGCUGUGGGUUGCUAUGGAGAUCUAUGGGUCACUAUUGAUUCGUAGAACUCGUUAAGAACUCACCAACAAAGUUUAAGUUGACAAGCAGGUUUUCUUUAUUGCAGCACUGGGAGACACCAGGGAUAUCUCCUCCUAAUGUGUGUCUCGUUUAAGCAUCAAACAGACCGUGAUUAUAUUGUUGCUUAACACACAUAUUCAUUACAUUUCCAAUAAAUGUCAUACAUAUUCAUUAGUUGUCUGAGAAUUGUUUUACAUAAUUACACACCCAUUUUCGCAUGCACAUAACAACAUGGUAGUGGUCUUUGGUGGUCAUUUUACUUCUUCCAACAAUCUUCAUCACUUGGCCGUUCCUUGAACUUUGUUCGGGAAGUCUUUGAAGCAUGCGCAGUAGGAAAAUGCUUACACCAGCUUAAUUAGUUCAGUAACACUGCUGACAUAAGUGAGUGAUUUCUCCUUGUCCUUCUACUUACCAGUUAACUUCGCUACAGCACCUCCUGAACAUCUGCUAGUUUCAGAUACUCUUUAGCUACAGUUCUGUUUUGGUUGCAAUAAAUUUUGUAUGAAGGUCAUAAGGUUCUAAAACUAUGUCAGCUACAAAGAUUUAUCUUAUACAAGGAUCCUUAUUAUGUCCUUUUGGUUGGGCUUUUUAAGUUUGGAAAGUUUUGUUGUUAUGUACAAAGCUACCAAGCUUAAAGUUACUUAAAACUGAAUUUUCUUAUUUACAAAGGAUUAUAUUUCAUUUUGUACUUCCUUGUCUCACUAUGGGAUCUAUAUGGGUCGCUAUGGAGGGUCCAUGGGUUGCUGUCAGGUGUCUAUCGGUCACCAUACAUCUCUAUGGGAUGUCUACAGGGUGUACGGGGCUCUAUGGAGUGUCGAUGAGUUUCUCUGGAUCACUAUGGGGUAUCUAGAAAAACAACAACAAAAAAAAAGUUACUAAAAAGGUCUGUAAAGCAAAUAAAUCUGAAGAAAAAAAUUAUAAACAGCAAAUAAAGGUGAAUAAAACUGCGUAAAGUCAACAAAAAGCAAAUAAAAGUGAAUAAAGUGAUUAUAAGUUAUUACAAAGUAAAUAAAAAAGAGUAAAAGUGAACAAGCCUGAAUGAAUCUCGAAUAAAAGUGAAUGAAAGUUCAUAAAAAUGAAUGAAAGCAAAUAAGAAACCAAUUGGUGUAGGGGUACUUAUGGGAGGCAGGGGUAGUGGGGCCCCUAUGGGAUGCCAUGGUGCUUGACGAUGCUGCUGACGAUGAUGCCAUCCCACUCAUGGUGAUGUCACAACACCAUAAGUCAUAGGGGUUGUCAUGUGGCCAUAUGUGAGUCUAUAGGGUAUCUAGCAGUUGCUGUGGGUGUCUAUGGCUCACUACAGGGUGUCCAGGGCUCACUAUACGGUCUCUAUGGGACAUCUAUAGGUCACAGUGUAGAGGGAUGGAGUUUGGGACAUGGGGAUGGAGAAUAUGUCCUCACCCACCA